AUGGCAACAGCCAAGAUAGAAGACUUUGACCAGGACCAUCAUGUUCAAGAGGCCUUGCGCUACUUGGAGCAGAAGGAUGUGAAGAAGGUCCUUCGAGACCUGACGGAAUCGCUCCUUCUUCGACAACCUGAACAUCCCAGGUUUCAUAUGUUAGAGGAGCUAUGGGAAAGCACUGGGAGAUCUUGGAUACCUUUUGCCGAGAACAUUCCCUGCAGCUUUUUGCUGCAGAAAUUUUCAUCUCCGCGUGAAGCGGUGCAUGACCUGCUACGUAGAGCGGCCAGCACCGCAGGUGUUCGACGCGUCUCGUUUUUCUCGGCGCCCAACUGCCGGGGUCGGCAGGUCGUGGGCCGUGGCGAGGCGGAACGCUUCUCGGGAAACGAGUUCUUGCUGGUGGACAGCACCGACCAGGAGCUGGUCGUCGGACAACCAGGCCACAGUGCGCUCCGAGAUUGCCUUGACUUGGCAGUGACAAGGGGUUGCGCCACGGUGGAGCAUGCUGUUCAUGCGAAGUUGCUGCUGGAGCUGCGUGGCAGGUCCAAGGCGGCGCCAACGGUAAAUGCAGAGAAGUCCAUGCCGCCGGAGUUGACCUCCUUCUUGCGCCAGAUGGAUAUGCUUCUGCCGUUGGUUCUGGCGGCCUGGCGCUGCAAACUGGUGCGUGAUGCUGCAGUGAUCUUCCUUGGUCUUGUCCUACUUCUGUUGGGUGGUUGGUGGCAACGGCCUGUGCGCAUCAUGACUGGCCUACUAUUUUUGGUGGCGGGGAUCAGGGGGCUUCCUGGUGGUAGUGCUUUCUUGGAGGUGAAGACUGAGGCCGGCUUUUAUGCAGCAAAACGAGGGCAAAAUGCAAAGAGGAACGAGGGGAUUCGCCAAGCCUUUGAGGUGUGGCUGAAAAGCUUUGUGCCAUGUCCGUGGCAGCUGUCUGGGGAGUUGUGCACAAUUUUGCCCUAUCUCCUGAACCGCAAGCGCUUCUCGAAUUUGCAAUAUGAACGCUGCUGGCUUGACGCUGAAGAUGGUGAACGCUUUGCGUUCGACUGUGUCUUCCCAGACACCGGUUUUGAUCCUGACGCACCAGUGGUAGUGCUUCUCACAGGACUUGCACCAAAUCAACAUUGGACGGCUGCUGCUGGAUUCAUAGCGGAUGCAGCAUGGCACCUUUGCAACCGUGCCAACAUGACGGUGGUGGUUUUGAUCGCCAGAGGAACCAUGGAUACGCAAGUCAACAAGAAUCUCUUUCAUGGUGCGCGCGUCACGGACUUGCGACAGACCUUGGAAGUAAUGCAUUCUUGCCUGGAGACGGCCUCAGGCCAGAAAGCCAAGCUCUUUGCUGCUGGCUAUUCCAUGGGUGGUAUCAUCCUGGCCAAUUAUUGUGGCCACUACAGCCAAGAUCCGUUGCUGUGUGGGGCCAUUCACUUUAGUGGCGUCCAUGACGCAGUUUUCAACAUGAACUUUAAGUACUCAGAAGAGACCUGGCAGGCCUACUUGGCUUACAACCUCAAGUGGUCAAUUGUCUCUGCGGCACCAGUUGAGGAGGCACGCAAGCGCGGUGUAGACAUGGAGCGCAUCAUGUCGGGGAAGGUCGCCAGCAUCGUUGAUAUUGACAAGGAUUUUGUCUCCGUCUUCAACGGCUAUGACGGGGUGCUGGAUUACUACCGUGACUUAAGCCUGGCUUCCGAUGAUAAAUGGCGAAAUGUCAGCAUACCUCUGCUGGCAGUGGCAGCUCGCGAUGAUCCAAUCACACACUGCGAUGCUUUGAGGGCGAAAGAGUUUUCGGCCGAGAACCAGAAUUUGCUGUUCUUGGUGACCGAACGUGGUGGCCACGUUGGUUGGCCAUGGGGCCUGCGGCCAUGGAAUCGUGGCUGGGAUUUCAUGAACGAGGCGAUGGUGGCCCAAUGGGACUGCCCCAGCCGUGCCAAUGGCUGUGUGGAAGGUGUGCUUGUGGCAGAACCCUUUCCAGCAUUCGAGGCAGCUUCGCUUCUCCCAAUGAUGCAGCUGCUGGCUUCACUUUUGGGAGAACGCCUCACAUCGAUGCACUGGGAAGCGGAGGCCCGGCAUUCGCAGACUGUGAUUAAUCGCCUUCUUCAAGGAGUGGAGGUGCUGGCAAAGCCAUCUGAAGAGUGGGAAAAGAACUUAAUGCAAAGCGCUGCCGAAGUUCCAAACGAAGUGCUUCGCGGUGAUGUGAUAAUGAAAGAUGCUGCGGUAUGGCAGUUGGACAAGAGGACCUAUGUGGAUAUUUGUGGGCAAAUGGAUGGCAGCCUCAGUGGCUUAGCGGAGGAGGCCUUCAUGAUGUCCUCCGAAGCGACAUGGGAAGUUUCCUGCGCAGAGGAAUUGUCUCUCCAAAGCAGUGGCUCGCACGCCUCCUCAAGGGAGAUUUGUGUGCGACUGCAUGGGAUUGGAAAGCCGACAGUGUUGGAUUUCUCUGAUGAUGGUGAGAGGUUGGAUCACUUCGACCUGGCAGCCGCAGAAGCGUUGGCCAAAUCUUCGCUGAGAGCUGCCUUACAGGCUCGCUCCCAGCUGCAAGAAUUGAUCCUGCGCAAGCAUUCCACCGAGCAAAUGCAGUCCCUGGUCUCGGAGCUUAGCAUGGCGACCAACACCUUGGAUUUGGUGAGCAGCAUCGAGAGGGCUGUGCAGGUGGUGACGCACUCCAAAAAGUGUAGCGUCUUUUUUAUCGACCAAGACUCUGCAGAGGUUUGGUCCUAUCCUACCCAAUCUGUCUCUGAGUCCUUCCGCUUUGCCUUCGGCAUCGGCUUGCCUGGUCGGAUUGCCGAGUUCAUAAAGGACAACAGCGGUGAGCAGCAGGGAGCUUUGGUCUACAAUGCUCGAUCCCAAGCUUGGAUGGCAAAGACCAUGCCGAUCUGGUCAGAGAUGCCACGUCAGUUUGGUCCAAAGCUACGAGCCCAAUAUGCAGCUGCCAGUGAAUAUAGCUUGUCCCUUCAUGAUGACUGCAGUGGAUCAGCUGGUGAAAUUGACGACCCUGAUGCCAGUUACACUGAUUGGUUUCAGGUUGACGACGACGACAAUCCUGGCAUGACUCGUUGGGUGUGCGUAGAAUGUGGGAAGAGUAGUUUUGCGUGGAACGUGAUAGCCGAGAACUGGACAUGCAUGGAAUGUCAUGGAGAUCAGUUUUAUGAUGCCACGCGACCUGCAAGACACCACACACAACAUGGUACAUGGGUCUACAUGCCUCAUGAUUCGCAGAGCCCUGUGAAGACGCCAUCAUCACAGAAGACUGGAAGGCGAAAGGCGAGACGCCGUCGGCGACACCCUGCCGAUCCACCUGAUGCUUUGAUUGGCGACGGACAGGAAGAGACUGCUGAGUCUGAAGUUGCCACCAAUGACCCAGUAAUUGAUGUGACACCAGCUGGAUCAGUGCGUGUGCGGGGACGACCACAUCGAGCAGAAGCAGUUCAGCCGCGUGUGGAUGACCCUAUUCAAGCAUUGACUGCAGCACUCCAACAACUGGCAAAUGGACAGACUAACCGGAGUUCAGCCUCUAGUGAUUCCUGGAUCAGUGCUAUGGGACCUCAACGUGGUGUGAAGUUUCGUGGAGGUGCACCACCGCAACCGCCUGCAUGGAGCUAUUCUGCCUCUGACAUUCGUGCUUAUGAGAAGUAUGAGAGAAAGGUCAAGGUUUGGGAGUUGCAGGUUAAGCACUAUAUGACUGACGCUGAGGCCGCCCUCACUCUUUUCACGUCCUUGCGUGGUGAAGCUGAGCAGGAAUUGGAGUUUGUGGAUGUCAACACCAUCUACCGUAAGGCGUAUCCAGGAGAAUCACUCCGAGCCUUCAUCAAUCGAUAUCGUCGUGCAGAAGCUUCCUUGCGUGCAAUCAACAUAGAUAUCAGUCUGACAUACGAUGAUGAGAGUCGCGGUUCACGGUUGCUGGAUCGAGCCCGACUGACCACUGAGCAGCAGAGGUUGAUUUUGGUAGGUACAGGUCAAGCCCUCUCAUUUGAUGCCAUUCGUGCGGCACUCAUGCUUCAGUUUCCGGAGCACAAGCCGACACCUCCUGUUGCUGGCCGUGAAUCCAACAAUGCUCCAUAUCAGCCUAAGGGAUCUGGAAAGAAUCACCAAGGUUCUACUUCGACUUCCUCAUCCUCUACAUCCUCAACUGGAGGUGGAAAGGGGAAGGGUUCUGGAAAGGGACCACGAAGAGUGUAUCAGACUGAGACUAUUCAAGAAGGUGAUGAGAAUGAGGAACAGGCAGAAGAAGGUGACAACGAAGUCCCCGCUGAUGACCAGCCUGAGGAACAAGGGGAUCCUGAAUGUGAAGAUGCAGAAGCAGAAGUACAAGAAGAGGAUGCUGCCAAUUUGGCUGAAGUUCUCACCGUCACUGCUCGAAAGUUGGCGAAUGUCACGCAGGGCAGGAAAUACUCAGGUCAGCCAAAGAAGAGCAUCCAGGAGAAGAAACGGACUUCGAUGUGUGCAGCCUGUGGCAUCAAAGGCCAUUGGGCUGGUGACCCAGAAUGCGAGAUGACACCGAACCAGCAGACAGACUCAAAGACUACACCCUCCAGUUUCACUUCAUCCCAAAAGGGAAAAGACAAAGGUCAAAAAGGCCGUGAGGAUUCGAGCAGUUCUGCCAAAAAGGUGAUGACCGUUCACCACAGCUCUGGGUAUGACACCACCGUCGAAUACAUGCCACCUCAUGAACAACCUCAUCCACAUUUUGCUAUGGUUUGCACUUUGCCACAUGUUUGCCUGAGCACUUCAACAUCUAAGACCUUUGGUUUCAUGAUCAUUGACACGGCCUGCCAACGUUCUUGCUGUGGAAAGUCAUGGGCAUCACUGCAGGCCGAACAUUUGGAGUCCUUCCGCCUCAAGAUUCAUCACGAGGCCAGCUCUGAGCGGUUUCAGUUUGGAGCAGGACCCCCAAUGGUUUCUUUGGAGAAGAUUUGGAUGCCCAGCUCAAUUCAAGGCUGCUGUUUGAUUUUGGGAGUUGAUGUGAUUGAUGCCAAUAUUCCUUUUCUUGGAAGUCUUCGUUUGCUGAAGCGUUUAGGUGCAGUGAUUGAUUUGAAUCAGCAUGUCGUUCACUUCAACAAGUUGCAUGUCACCACAUCUCUUUCACGUGUUGAUGGACACCUUGCGAUUCGAAUAGAUGAGUUUCCACAUUCACCCAAUCGUCUUCGCAUUUGGUCCAUGAAGCGAUGGAAGCGCCUCAGUGCCAAGCUGCUGGAUUUCGGCAAGAACUUGGCUGUUCAGCUAUUCCAGGCAUUUCGUCUGGGAGUCAUGGACAAGAAGACAUACAUGAACUAUCUCCAGGAGAAGGACAACGCCCCUGUCAAGAACCGCGGCGCCAAAGCAAGCGCGAAGACAGCACGGGAACCGCCACGGAAGCUAUGCGACGUGCCUCAGAUGCAAAGCCAGAUGGCUGUGGGACGGAACCGGAUGGAAGUUGCAUGGCUGCUCCUCCAGAUUGUUGCUGCCUCUGCCAUCUUUCUUGACGACGGUGGACGGUUCCAUUCAAGCCCCAGCUUCACAGGCGGAUUGUCUGCCCCUGAAAGCACUGGCCAGCAAGGCCAAACCCAAGCCUGGUUCGGAAACGAGGCAACCAAAGACCAGAUCCAGGCCACCUUCUAUGACAUCCUCAGCGGCAGGCCAUCUGCUCCGAGAGGAGGAACUCCAGGAUGUGGAUCAGGACAUGGAUCUACUCAGCCUAUACAGCUGGUCGGACGUCGCAAGCGAUUGACUGGUGAUUUGAAGAAGAACAUAAAGACCCUGGAGGCCGAGGUGCACGUCAUGCAGCACAUGCCAUUCGAGCGCAACAACAAGAAAAACGCUGUUGAUGUUUUUGAGCUGUUUGCUGGAACAGCCAAAGCAACUCGUAUGGCAGGCCAGUAUGGACUCAAUGCCCUGGAACCCAUCGACAAGAACGAUGGCAAGGACCUCCAGGACCCAGUCACUCAGAAGAUGGUUGAAGAGACCAUCGAUCGCUUUUCGCCGCUCCUGAUGCUCAUUGGUUUUCCUUGCACCUUCUGGAGUGUGAUGAACGAAAACUGCAACUACAGCUGGAGAAUGCACGAACUUGAAGCUCUGCGUGAACUUGAAAGACCUCUCCUUCGCUGGGUUGCAGAUCGAAUCAAACAACAGGCCUUGGCUGGCAGGUUCUUUGCCUUGGAGAACUCUGCCAAGAGCAGAAUUUGGGAUGAGCCUCCAGUGAUCGAGCUCAUGGACUUGCCUGAUGCUCAGCUCGUCACUUUGGAUGCAGGUGCCUUUGGAGCCACCGACAAAGAUGGAUUUCCAAUCAUCAAGACCCACAAGUUCUUGGUGAAUAGCCCUGCUUUGGCUCAGCUGCUUCACAGACGUCUCAAUGCCCAAGAACGCCAGAUGUGCAAGCCGCUGGAAGGUAUCAAUGUGACCAACUCGCAAGUCUAUCCUGAUGAGCUGGUGCGCACAAUUUUGAGAUUUGUGAAGCAGGAGGCCAAGAAGCUCAGUCCUUUGCGCUUCGAAAAGCCUUUCGAAGUUUGUUUUGCACAGCCUGUUGAUGAUGAAGACGCAUGGCGCCGCAUUUUGAAUGAGGUCACCAACACCUUUGCCAACAGCUCAGUUCGAGUUUUGACUUUGCAGCCUGGCCAGGAGCUGUACCGAAAGAUUGAGGAGAUGGUGCCUUGGGAGAUUGUCAGGGUGCAGAUCGCCAAAACACCGGUGACUAGAAGACUUCCACGGGAUAUUCCUUUCACUCACCGUGGAGCUGCACUGCUGUACUCCGACGAUGGCAUGGCGCUGGAAGCUGAGGACCUCAGCAAUGUGGCAUUCCCCAAGCAGCGCUUUAGCAAAGCGGUUCAGUCCGCUGUUUUCUUCUUUGGACUUGCAGAAGAUGACAGCAAGAAACAAGCGCCAAGAACAGCCGAUGAUGCUGAAGAACAGGAAGGUCCUCAUCUGCCGGUCCCUGGACUUAAGACCGAUGUGACCUUCCCUGGCGCUCCAAAGACUUUGCCAGCAGCAGUCAAGGCCUCAGUGGCUCGACUUCACCUCAACACUGGCCAUGCCCAUAAGAAGGAGCUCAUUCGACUUCUCUCCUCCUAUGGGUCAAUCAAUUCAGCCACUUUGACUGCCAUCAAUCACAUGGUUUGUGGUUCUUGUGAACGAACCAAGCCACCAGCACCUCCUCGCCCAGCAUCCAUUCCACAGUUCAUGGGCCAAUUUGGAGAACGAGUUCAGGUUGACAUUGUCUACAUCCGAGAUCUUUCUGGAUCGAAUCAUCCUGUGCUCGGAAUGGUUGACAUGGCCACCCUGCUCCAACAAGCAGUUCGUCUUCACAGUAGAGCCUCAGCUCAUGUUGCAGACCAGUUCAGACGCAGUUGGUUGAUGCCCUAUGGAUAUCCUUUGGUCUGCGAAGUUGAUGCUGAUGGAGCCUUUGAAGGCGACUUUAGAACUGCCUUGGAAGACGCUGGAGUUCACUAUGUGGUGAUACCUCCUGAAGCGCAUUGGCGCAUAGGAACUGUGGAGAGGAGGAAUGCAGUUCUUCGAACAGCUGCUGAACGUUUGAUUGAUGAGAAUGCUGUGACCAAUGGCGAGGGCGUUGAUUGGAUUUUGAUAUCAACUGUCCAAGCCUUGAACAGCAGCACGGCCACCAAGGGACGCAGCCCCUAUCAGGCCGUUUUUGGCCGACUUCCACGUUUUCCUGGCGACCUGAUGAGUGAUGAUCGUGCAAUGAUUGUUUCAGAUCAUCAAAUGCUUGCUGAAGAAUUUCGACAACAAGCCUUGCGAGUCAUCAGCGAGACCAGAGCGUCCCAAGUCAUUCGAAGAGCCUUGCUUCGAAAGACCAAGCCCAACAAGGAGGAGUCUCAGGCCAUUUUGCCUGGAAGCCUUGCUGCCUACUGGCGAUGGACCAAACGAGCUGCCGGCAAGAAGAAGGGUGGCUACGUUUUGGGCAGACUUCUCCAUCAUGAUCCCGAUGGCAAGUCUGCAUGGAUCCAAGCUGGAUCUUCUGCAGUUCAAGUGACCUAUGAGCAGCUGCGCCCCACGUAUGGACUUGAAGCGUGGAACCCUGACAUGGAGGACAUUCGGCUUUUGAAGAAUGCUGAGAAGAACCUCAUGCAGGGCAUGUGGAAAGACCAUCGAGGACCACCUCCACCAGAAGAUGAACCGAUGGAACCUGACCUAGCGGUUGAGGCUGAAGAUGAAGAGAUGGGCGAAGCCAUGGCAAUUGAGCCUGGACUCUUGCUUGGAGAGCCACAACCUUCUUUCGUUCCUGAGCCUCCUGUUUUGCCAGUUCCACUUCAUCAUCCUUCUAUGCUUCAACAACCAAUGGCGAUGAACUACUCUCCAGUGUACAACCAGAGCAUUCGCCAAGAUGUUCAGAAUUUUCUUCCUUUCGAGAUGGACCAGAGGAAUGUUCGACCUCGACUUCAUGAAGAUUUGGAUGUGCAACCUUCACCUACAUCACCAUUGUCUGAUAUACAACCACCACCAUUAUCAGCACCACAUUCAUCACAACAUAAUCUAUUACCACCAUCAAUUCCAAGUCCUGAACAUUCACAACAUCUUGAAGUACCAGCUCUUCAAGCCAAACCUCUGCCAGCACCAUCAGAUGCAAUUCCUUCAGAACCACAUGAAGUGAUUCCACCACCACCUGAAGUUGCAGCAGCUGAUGUUGCCAUUCCAAUUGACAGCUCAAGCAAUGGCCUUGGCAGCUCACAACCAACAGUUCGCGUUUCUGAGAACUCUUCAGGACCACCAUCAACCGCAGCGCUGAUGACCAACCACUUCACCUUUGUGGUUCAGCAGGUCCCUGAAGAGCCCUACUGCACGUUUGAACGUGUCGAGGACGGGUGGGAUGGCAAUGUGAAAGCCAUUUCUCCUUUGACCUCCGCAGCCUUUCGUGUGGCUGCAGCCAAGGUCGAGAACGAAGAGAUGUCUAGUGAUUCAUCAGAUGAUGAGCAAUCACCAACGAUGGAACGUCUUUCGAGACAAGAACGGAAAGCCAUGGAUCGAGAAAUUCCCUGGCGAGUGAUUUUGGAAAGCCCUCCUGAGACUGUCGAGCUCUACGUUGAGGCCAACCGCAAAGAAUUUGCCAGCUGGCUGAGUUGGGGCUGUAUCGCUCCUUUGAAGCCCGACAAGAUCAAGGAGAUCAAAGCAACUCCUCCUUUGCGACGGAGAAUCAUUCCAUCACGCAAUGCCUAUCGAGACAAGAACCGUGGAGCUGGACCCACUGUUCGUGCAAAAUGUCGCACAGUGGUGCUUGGAUGCCAAGACCCAGAUUUGGCUACCCUAGCCCGAAGCUCACCAACACCUUCCAAAACAGCAGAAAUGAUUCUUUUGCAGAUAGCAGUGUCUGGCAUGAAUCAACUUGUGGAGCUCACCAACAAGAAAUGGAAGUUGUGGAGUGGAGACGUAAGUACAGCGUUUUUGCAAGGCACUCCUGAGCCUCGAAGCCAGCCACUGUUCAUGCGUGCACCACGCGAUGGAAUCCAGAAGCUUGCCAACACUUUCCCGGACGAGCUCUACGAGGUGUGCGGAAAUCUUUAUGGAUUUGCUUCAGCACCACGCACCUGGUGGACCAAUGUUUUAGGUACCACAAAGAAGCAUGCCUUUUUCCAGCACCGCUAUGACAGAUGCUUUCUGAUCAAGCGCGAUGCCGAAGAGCGCCUGUUGGUCGUCAUGAUCAUCCAUGUGGACGACUUUUUGGUGGCCUUCCGGGAAGACUAUGAUGUGAGCGAGCUUGAGCAGAUGUUCACCUGGGGUUCAACAACCUUGCUGACUGAGGACAACUGCAUUGUUUUUCGUGGAAAAGAGAUCCGAAUGAAGAAUAUGCAGGGCAAGAUCACUUUGCAUGUGACACAGCAAGCCUUCAUCGAUGAGAUGAGCACCGGCAAGCUUGGCCGUGGCAGAUUGGUCAGCGAAGAGUUGAACGCAGCUGACUGGAGUGAGUUCAGAUCAGUUGCGGGCUCACUGCAAUGGCUGGGUGGACAGACCCGUCCAGACCUCUGUUCAGCUGUGAGCUUGGCUAACAGGGGAAAAGAGACAACCUUGCAGAACCUCAAGAUGCUGUUUGAGUACAUUGAGAUUGCCAAGAAGACCAAAGACGUAGGUCUAUGCUUCCAUCCUGUGCCCUUCAACAAGGCCUCGAUGAUUGUGGGGUAUGGUGAUUCGAGCUGGGCAAACGCCCCUGGUGGCAAAUCUCAGAUGGGCAGCUUGGUGCUCUUCGCUUCACCUGACUGCUUAGAGCACAAGAGCUACGUCAGCAUCUUGGACUGGAAGAGUGCAAGAUCCCCAAGAGUGACACGAUCCACUCUUGCAAGUGAAGCCAAUGCGAUGGAUGAAACAGUGGAUAGGGCGACCUACAUAAAUUACUUCAUCACUGCUUUGCUCUAUGGCACCACCGCCACUGGGAAACCUCACCCUGAGAGAGCCUUGCGUCAAGUUCAGUGUACAGAUUGUAAGUCGCUGUAUGAUGCUGUCAUUUCAGAAAACCCUUCCACAACAGAGAAGCGGACCAUGAUAGCAAUUAGAUCCAUCCAAGACUUCAUUUGUGAAGAUGAUUGCCGUUGGGUGCCAACAACGGUCAUGUGGGCUGAUUGUCUUACCAAAGAAGACAAGGAGCUCUGCGCUGCACUUCAAGACAGCAAACCGCUUGGGCUCAUCAUCGUGGGAGACAAAAGCAUUGGCACGUUGAACGACAGCGAGGACGUGGUGUCGGCCUUCUCUUUCUGGGGCAGCGGCAAAGUGGAGUUUACCAACCAGGACUCCGAGUUCAUCGACUGGCUGGCGAAUGCCGCUGGAAGCCAUGUCGAACGCCUCUCCCUGGAUCUCAUGUGGACGAAGGCGUUGCUGGAGCGCAACAAUGACAGAAGUGGAUCCAACACCAUGAAGCAGGACGACCAAGAACUGAUCUCCGAAUAUUUCACUGCAGAGGCGGUGAAUGCGAGAAGCAGAGGAGGGCCGCAGGAGAGAAAGGGUCCACACAAAGAAACUGCUACGGUUCACCGCUUUGUUGGUCAUGUUGCAUCUGCACUCAACUUCCAUGGAUCAGCAAACCUUAUGAUGUCCGACGCGGAUACGAACGCCGUUAGGAAUCUCACCCCAGCAACAUAUGCCGACGUCCGAGAAUGGAGCGUUGACUACUGGGCCAUGACACCUCAAGAUGAAAUCACUCUUUUGAUCAACUCACUCCAUUUGCUGGAUGUUUUUGACAAUGUCACCAUUGCUCCUGGUGUGCUUCUGCACUUCUUUCAGGAAGUGAAAGCCAACUACCGAGCAAUACCGUUCCAUAACUUUCAUCAUGGUAUGUCCACACUGCACUACACCUUCAAGAUGAUUGAGGUUGCUAAACUUUCUGAGCACCUGGGUCAUGCCGAGAUGUUUGCCAUGCUUAUGGCGGCCCUUUGUCACGACGUUGAUCAUCGUGGGUACAACAAUGCCUUCGAGAUCAUGACUCGUAGCGAACUUGCGCUCCGCUACAAUGAUUCUUCGCCUUUGGAGAAUCACCACUGUGCCAGGACCUUUGAAUUGGCCCUCAACAAGGAUGAAUGCAAUUUUUUUCAGGACCUUGAUCAGGGAAACUACAACCUCAUUCGAAAGAGGAUGAUUGCAGGCAUUCUUGCUACUGACAUGAAACAUCAUGGGCAGCAUGUGACCAUUUUGAAGGAGUUUGAAGUGGGCGAAUCCUCAGAGUCCCAAAGUCAAUUCCUGGUGGAAGUGGUGCUCCAUGCAGCUGAUAUCAGCAAUCCCUUCAUGCCAAGUGCACCAUCCCAAAAGUGGUGCGCCUGCCUGAACGAGGAGUUCAGUCUGCAGGCGGAGAAGGAGGCGGAGCUGGGCUUGCCCGUCACAUCUUUUAUGUGUGGCUUAAGAGAGCCACAGGGCGCCGCGAAGUCUGUGCUUGGCUUUAUCGACUUCGUCAUCAUUCCGUUUACAAGUUCAGUCUUCAGAAUUUGGCCGGAAUUGGACGAGAUGAGGCAAUUCCUGGAUCAAAACCGCGCGGCUGCAGCUGCGGUACUUGAAGAGGCGGUCCGAGAUCAGCUGCAGCUACCGGAUAUUUGA